CAGACACUGCUACUGCUAGUCUGCUUCCUCAGAUUCCAUCGACCGCACCAUUUUUCAUCCCUACACAGGGGCCGUUGGCACACCAGGAUCGCUGACAUGCACAGGAGUGAAAACCCUUAGCUCUCUGCUGCAUCACAGCCUGUCUUCUAACACACCUCUCAUCUUAAAUCACAACGCUUCUCUCACCGCUCAUAGUGCGUGAGGGUUGUGAAACGUCAGUUUGCUGGUUUCCCCCUGAAGUUUCACUCCCCCUGUGUUUUAGUACAAUCUCCUUCUUUGCAGCCUGCAAGGGCUAGAGAGAGGAAGCGAGAGACUAAGGUAUAGAAAGGGAGAUGUUUUGAAAUUGUAAGGAAGGGAGAUGUGAGUGAUAGUUGCUAGUGGAGCAAGCGUUCUGUGUGUACGUUGGCUCUCCAGAGAAUCCCAGGUGAGCUGUAUUCUGCAAUAAGAUAUGUGUCACAAAGAUGUCUACACGCAGCGGCCAGGGAACAGAAUCGGUCAUCAAGCCCCUGGACACCAUCCCCGAGGACAGGAAGGUCAAGGUUCAGCGGACACAGAGUGGUUUUGAUGCCUUUGAGAAGCCUGCCAGCCAGGUGAAGAGGGUGCACUCCGAAAACAAUGCCUGUAUCACCUCUAAGACCUCCUCUACUGGAAAAGAGUCACCCAAACUGCGCCGACACUCGAGCCCCAGCUCUCCCACAAGCCCCAAGUUCGGAAAGGCAGAUUCUUAUGAGAAGCUUGAGAAACUGGGAGAAGGCUCAUACGCUACAGUAUACAAAGGGAAAAGCAAGGUGAACGGCAAGCUGGUGGCCCUGAAAGUGAUUCGUUUGCAGGAGGAGGAGGGGACACCAUUCACCGCCAUCAGAGAAGCAUCUCUUCUGAAAGGCCUGAAGCACUCCAACAUUGUACUGCUCCAUGACAUCAUCCACACCAAGGAAACCCUGACGCUGGUCUUUGAGUAUGUGCACACAGACCUCUGCCAGUAUAUGGACAGGCACCCAGGAGGGCUGCAUCCAGACAAUGUGAAGUUGUUCCUGUUCCAGUUGCUAAGAGGUUUGUCCUACAUCCACCAGAGGUAUAUACUGCACCGUGAUCUCAAGCCUCAGAACCUGCUCAUCUCUGACACUGGAGAACUCAAACUGGCUGACUUUGGCCUGGCGCGGGCAAAGUCAGUACCCAGCCACACCUACUCUAAUGAGGUGGUGACCCUGUGGUAUCGUCCCCCUGAUGUUCUCCUGGGAUCCACAGACUACUCCACCUGCCUGGACAUGUGGGGUGUUGGGUGUAUCUUCAUUGAGAUGAUCCAAGGAGUGGCAGCGUUCCCUGGGAUGAAGGAUAUACAGGAUCAGCUUGAGAGGAUAUUCCUGGUCCUCGGAACCCCAUGUGAGGAUACCUGGCCAGGGGUUCACUCCCUGCCCCACUUCAAACCAGACAGGUUUACAGUGUACAGUUCUAAGAAGCUCAGACAAGCAUGGAAUAAGCUGGGCUAUGUGGACCAUGCUGAGGAAUUAGCCUCUAGGUUUCUCCAGUGCUUCCCAAAAAAACGUCUAUCUGCUCAGGCAGCUCUCCACCACGAGUACUUCAGCCACCUGCCUCCACGGCUCUGGGAGAUCUCAGACAUGUCUACUAUCUUCACGGUACCAAAUGUCAAACUGCAGGUGGAGUCAGGAGACAGUAUUCAGGUGUGUUCCAGGACCAGUUCCAGCCAUGCUAAAGGGACAUCAAGCAGCAAGCACUGACUGUGGUAGACUGCCCCACAGCUAGCACAGGUUGUUGCUGUGGUCAGUCAAAGAGAGAAGGACUAAGACACAGAUGGAAAAGUCAUCAGGAUCACAGAUCCUCUUCUGUUUCUUUAACUUAUUACCUUCAAAACUGUGUGUGCGUGUUUGUGUGUGCGUGUGCCUGAGUGUAUACUUUUUGGUAGGGGAUACUUCCAUUUUUUAUUUCAUUAUUUGGAAUGUUUGUUUACUUUUAUAAUGGUAUGAUACACAUAUAUUGUUGACACAUUUAAAAUACCUUGAACCAUCAAUGGACAAAUCUGUUGAUUAAUACUGUGGCUUGUGUUUGUAACUAUCUAUGUAAGAAUGUAUAUUUGUAUGUAAAGUAGACUAAUAUUUAGAAAAUAUAUAAUGGACAACUCAAAGAAAGCUUAUACAUUAUUUCGCUAACAUGCUGUACUUGCAUGCAAUCAUGGAUGCAUGCACAAACAUACAUAUACCCAAUGUACAAAACAUGAACUCACACAACAUCUACUUAAAAUGACAAGCAGUAGUAAUGUUUCUCUUUUACAUUGAACUGUUCCUUUUUGGCCAGCAUCAGGCCGCAGUCAGAACGAUAAUAAUGAGAAGAUCAAUGGUAAUAUAGACCAAUGCCUGUAAAAGUAUUAAAACCCCUGACUUAUUCUCUCAUUUAAUUUAAUUAGAAAUGGUAUGUUGUUGUGGUAUUGUUCUGAUAUUUUUUUUUAAAACACAGACACUCAAUUAUUUAAAAGUUGGGAAAUAUUUUAAAUGAAAGUUAAAAAACUGAAAUAAUUAUUUUGGUAGUUGCUGCUUUGUUGCUCCUUUGUUGGAGUAGUUUUUUGGCUCAUUCUUCCUUACUGUUGUGCUCCAGGUUGUUGAAGUUGGUUGGACAGUGCAUGUGGACUGCAAUUUUCAAAUAGAAUCCACAGAUUCCUAAGGACUUUGACUGGGCCACUGUAGGACAUUCACAUUUUUGUUCCUAAGCCACUCCAAUGUGUACUUGGGAUCAUUGACGUGCUGAAUGUGAAUUUCCUUCCAGGCUGUUUUUAAAUGGACUGAAGCAGGUUCUCUUGCAUUUACUCAAUGUAUUCAUAAUGUUCAACAAGAUGCCCCAACAAUGCUCAUGAGAAGAAUCCCUAGAUUCUGCCACCACCAUACUUCACUGUAGGGAUGGUGUGUUUUGAGGCAUGGGAAAUGGUAGGGUUCCACACAUAGUGUUUUGAAGUUCUGCCAAAAAGUUCUAUCUUGGUAUGACUACAAAAAAGGUUUCCCACAUCAAAUCCAGUUUGCUCUUAUGCUUUCUGAUAGUACAGUUUCAGUAAUAGCUUUUUCCUUGUCACUCUCCCACAUAGGAAGUUUUAUGCAGAGCUCUUGAUAUGGUUGACCAGUGCCCCAUUACUCCACUCCCAGUCACUGAAAUAUGUAGCUCCUUCAAAGUUAUUUUUGGCCUCUGCCGUUUCUCACAAGUCUCCUUGUUUAAGUGCUGGGUUUUAUGGGACAGCCUUUUCUUGGAUAUUUUAUACAUUUUUAUUACUUUAUUUCCCACUUCUACAUUAAGGUCUCCCUUCAUCAUUUUCUUUCAGAUUCACAGCCUAACCAAUAAUCCUUCAACAGUGUUUUUGAUCCAGAAAAUGUGACUGCAAUUUUAAUGGUUUCCAAGUAAAUGCUAAUGGAAAGGUAAAAGUGUUCUUGUUAAGACUCAUUGUAAACUGGCACCUUACAAUGCAUUGUUGAAUACUUAAGCAAGCAACAUAUUUCCGUUUUUUAAUCUUUCUUAAAAAAUAUUCAUGAACAUAAAACCACUAUCCCCUUACAAUAAUUUAUUUUGAGUUUCUGUGUUUUAAAAAAUAUGUAUAAAAAUACCAAAAUGUCAAUAUACCAUUUCUAAUUUAGUAAAAUUUGCAAAUUGAUCAGGGGUUUCAAUAAUUUGCAAUGCACUGUGGUAAUAGUGGUAUUCAUGACAAUAAUUUGUUCAAUCUGCUGGAGAUGCUCUAAACACACACACACACACAAUUAACAAUGAGCACUAAUGACAUAGUCAUGAGUCAUGUAAAAUGGCACAUUUGCUGUGUUCCAUCUUAUUGUCUAUUUGUGUGUGUGUUAUAUCUAUGUGUUUGUGUAUGAAUCAUGAGCAAUACCUUUUCAUUGGUGCUUCCUUGUACUGAAGGCUAUGAGCUACCAUUAUCAAAUGAAUUCCGUUGUACAGUUUAUCUAUAUGGUAAAACACAAUGGCAAUAGGCUCACUGAGAUUUUGAUCUCAUUUCUUUUUUGACCCUUGACAAUCUUUUCUUCCUUCCUUUCUAUGAUACUGUCCAGUAAUGUACUGUAUACCAGAUUUGCAUAGCGCAGGGCACCUUUUAUAAUAUGAUUAAAAAAAUAAUAGAUUGUG